CAAGCUCUUUAUUCCGCCUUGUCAGCCCGCUUGGGGGGACUGACUUGUUCAUCCGCCAGCACAAGUUGUUGGCUAAGGUCGGAAGAACACAAUCGGUGGAUUCGCUUUGUUCCCGCCUGCCUCAUUGUUCAGUUGCACAAUGGGAAUGCUCGCUUUCCGCAGACUUCAAUAACACUCGUCCCCUCCCACCCGGGACACCCCACAAUCGCACGGGAAGCUCCUUAAAAAACACUCUUUGGUUCCGAAAGUGAAGCUUUCGCAAUCGCUCACUCGCACAACGACAUCCCCUCCCAGUGGUUGCGCUGUUGAAACCCUUUAUUUCGACUCUCAGUCAUCGGGCACCGCCUUCUCGAUCCCGCGGUCCACGAUGGACCUCCAUCGCCAUGGGCUUCCAGGCGCGGGACUUACGACGCCGACGACACUACUACAGCCGCGGAUUGCGGCAUCAACGGCGACAGCAGGGUCGCAAACUACCGCCUCCAUUCCAAGCUCCACCAUCUCCCCUUACAACACCGGCCUCAGCGGCGUCAACCAGCCGAACAACAUGCUCUUCACGCAUCUUUUAUGGUGGAGUCUGGGUGCUGUUGGACUCCUGAUGUUGCUGAUCAGGAUACUCGAGCUAGCAUGGGCGAAACUGCGGCUCGUCAACGCCAUGGCGUUGUCGGGAGACAAGCAAACAUAUUGGAAAAUGGAGCACUGGGACUGGAUGCCCGGCUUGAAGAGGAACCUCAUCUACGCCCCAUUGUGGAAGAAGCGGCACAACCGGGAGAUCCGUCUUUCCAGUGUCGCCAAUAUGGGGACCCUCCCGUCCCGACUCCACGCUCUCCUCCUGUUGGGCUACCUGGCAAGUAACCUGGCCUACUUGUUCGUUCUCGACUGGAAAAAUGCGAACAGGUACGCGCUGUGCGCGGAGCUCCGCGGUCGCUCGGGCACGCUCGCGGUCGUGAGCAUGGUUCCCCUCAUCAUCUUCGCAGGACGCAACAACCCCCUGAUCCGGCUGCUCAACGUCAGCUUCGACACGUACAAUCUGCUGCACCGCUGGAUGGGCCGCGUCGCCAUCGUCGAAGUGAUCAUUCAUUUUGUCGCCUGGGCGAUUGUGCAAGUCGCCGAUGAUGGAUGGGCAGGUGUGCAGCAUAGGAUCCUCCACGACCGAUUCAUCACCUCCGGCACCGUGGGCGCGGUUGCGAUGGUCAUCAUCCUGAUUUCCGCGUUCAGUCCGCUGCGCCAUGCCUUCUACGAGACCUUUCUCAACACCCACAUUAUCCUGGCCUUGAUCAGUUUCAUCUGCACGUGGGUCCAUUGCACCUCGGCGGCGGUGCCCGGAGGUCUCCCGCAGACCCCCUGGAUUCUGGCCAUCUUGACGCUGUGGCUGGCCGAGAGAGCCGCACGCAUGAUCCGCCUGGCCUACGCCAACUGGUCAAGCCGCGGCUUCACCGAGGCCAUCGUGGAACCCAUGCCGGGCGAGGCCUGCCGCGUGACGAUGCAUCUUCCCCGCUUCGUCGACGUCAAACCCGGCCAGCACGCCUACCUCCGGUUCGGAGGCCUGAGAUGCUGGGAAAGCCAUCCGUUUUCCAUCGCGUGGUUCGAACACUCCUACGGCAGCGAGCCGGUCCUCCCGAUCACCGAGAAAGAAGACAUCGAGCCCGCCAGGAAACCCGUCGGCACGUCCGUGACCUUCAUCAUCGGCGCGCACACGGGCUUCACUCGCAGACUGCACAACGCGUCGCGCCAGUCCCAAGGCCGCGCCGUUUCGAUGCGCGCCGCGUUCGAGGGCCCCUACGCCGGCCACCACAGCAUGGACAGCUACGGGCACGUGGUGCUCAUCGCCGGUGCGACAGGCAUCACGCACCAGAUCAGCUACCUGCGCCACUUGAUCGACGGCUACAACGCCGGCACGUCCGCGACGCGGCGCCUCAUGCUCGUCUGGAUCGUCCGCGACUACGAGGUGCUCGAGUGGGUGCGCCCUUGGAUGGACAAGAUCCUCCGCUUGCCCAACCGCAAGCAGGUGCUGCAGGUCCGGCUGUUCGUCACGCGGCCCAAGGCCGCCAGCCAGGUGAUCUCCAACUCGACGACGGUACAGAUGUUCCCCGGCCGGCCGAACAUCCCCAUGCUGCUGGCCAAGGAGGUCUGCGAGCAGAUGGGCGCCAUGUGUGUCUCGGUCUGCGGGCCGGGCGGGUUGGCCGAUGAUGUGCGGGAUGCGGUGCGCAAGGUGCAGGGUCAUGGUACCGUGGUAGACUUCGUGGAGGAGAGCUUUACCUGGUGAUGACCGCCCAGAAGAAGGAAACGAAAAGGAAAAGGAGAUAAAAUUCAGGAGUUGGAUACAUAUUGUACCCGGUGGCGACGAUACCCAAGCCAUGUAAAUUAUGCGAAGGCAUGCCAGCGUUUACGUUUCCGGGUUGGCCGUCCUCUCACAGCGACAACGAGUCGGAGAGUUUGUUUGACCUACAUCAGAUAGUUAUUUUAUUUCUUGUUCUGCGUAAGAGGGGUGUGUCAAACCAGAUGUGGACGUUGAAGGGCCGCAUAGGCCCCGCCGCGAACAUGACAGGGCCAUGUCUGUAAGUCCUCUCGAGCGAGUUGAGUCACAAUAGUUAGAUUUAAGGUCUUGUUCCACGGAACCAAUUGUAUUCCCGUACUAACACUCAUGCCUGG